UACGUGAGGAUUUUGCAGUACUGGCCCGAAGGCACCUACGGUCUUCUUAUGCCGGAAACCGGAUGUCCGUUAAACGGAGGGGCAGUCUGGGAUACCGGGUACCGGAAGUUUCACACCGAAUCCACUACCACCAACCUUGAUUUCGUCGAGCCCGAUUCGCAUUUAAAAACCCCGAUCAAGGAGAGAAACGAAACGAACAACUUCGUGUACCUUCACUUCUGCGUGUCAUCCAACCGCUCCCUCGGGCCCCCGUGGCCCCCGGGGUCCUACUGCAUCCACAGCGUGGGCCAGUGCCCCAGCGGCUCCAACCAGGGCUACGUCUACGCCACCAGCGAACACACCCACCCGGCUUCAACCAAAUCCGGUCACCUCCCCACCAUGAACGCCGGGCUGGACUACACGCAAACCUUUUUCUGUUGCCGCUCCGACGGUCCGGCAUCUGAGCCGGUGUACCUCCCCACCGCCCGCCCCUUCUACCUGUACAGGUACAAGGGCGAGUGUCAGAGAGUCGAGGGGAUGUCCGUGUCCAGCGAGCGCCUGGUUCUAGACACGGAUGACGUCAACACAGACGUGUUCCAGAACCAGUUCCACCCAGAUGGUGACAUCAACAACUGGGAGAUAGAACUCUGCUACUAUCAGUAGACAUGAAACAAUUAUUUAAAGUUUUUAUAAUCUCGCUGAUAAGCUAGAUACAUUAGAAAUGAUACAUUAGCUCCUGCUUAUAAGUUAUGCUACUUUAGACUUUUCAAAUAAAGUAAAACAAGCUUGCUAUAACUAUAAGGUAGGCUUGCAUGGUUUACAAGCUAUAAAUUGUAUCAUAGUUUACGCUAAGGUGGGCUUGCAUAGUUUACACGCUGUAAUUGUAUCAAAGUUUACGCUAAAAUAGGCUUGCAUAAUUUAUACGAUGUAAAUGGUGUUAAAUAAGCUGUGCAUAUUUUAGACUCUUUUAAUUACAUUGUUAUAAGGCUCGCCCUCGCGUGUUUCAAAGCCAUGAACAUUGUUUUCAUUGUCGAGAGUUAAAAAUUUGUAAACAGAGUUUUGUAAAUGUUGUAUUCUUUUAAUUAUUAGUUAGAACAGUUUCAUGCUUGUUA